CUCGGUUCAAUCAAAGGAAAUUUGGCGGACUUUUUUGUGCUCGUCAGAAUUUAGAAGAUGGAUUUCAAUUCAUCCAAAGUGUUAGAAACAGCAAAAUAUUUCGUAGAAGACAUUGAAGAUCCUGUCAAUAUGAUUCCCGUGGUGCUGUUGCUGAUAUGUUUCACAUGGACCGGUUUUCCUCGAGGUGAACACACGACCCUUGCAUGGUGGGCUCUGUUCAAUGGCUGCAUAAUUCAUUGUUGGAUGGAUGGGUAUAGAGCCAUUGUCAAAGACCUUUGGUGGCGCCAUUUUAUGUCAAUCAUCACAUCAACCUUUCAGCUCAUGGGUACUUUUAUGUAUGUUGGUACAGAAGUGUAUGAUGGUUUCAAGAAUGUUCCACUGGACUGGCCCCCUUCCUUUGACAGCUUUGAGAAGGUCUUCUACUUCUGGACAAUCUUUGUUUUUGCUAACUCUAUUUGGAUUUUUGUUCCAUCCUUAAUCAUGUAUCAGACAUUGAGGGAAAUGAGUGAUGUCUAUAAUACUCCUCGCUCGAGUACCAAGAAACGGAAUUAAAGGGUACGAAACAGAUGGUGCUCUCUGGCAUUGUGUCUCACAAGACUUUUUUUUAUGCAUGUGUGUGUGCGUGUUUUGUAAUUUUUCAUUAACGAGAACAUCCCAAUGUUUUUAUGCUUUGGAAAGUUAUUAAUUUUCCACAACACAGAUACAUGUACAUGCAGAGAUCUGGAAAUGGAAAGCUUUUCAGGGUUUCUCACUUCUAUGACAAGACUUUGACAUGCUACUUGUCUUUAUUUUAGUAAUCAGAAAUCUUUGGAAAGAAUAUCCUAUCUUACCUUAUGAUCAGUGCAACAAAUGACAUGUCCUUGUUUUCAUCAUGACUGCAUUUCAAAACAAACUCUUCAUUAUAUUCAUUUCUCUACCUUGUGUUGCUCCAUUUGUAAGAAAUGUCAUGGCAACAAGUACCUCAUAGAGUUAAUAACCACACAUCUCUUUUAAUUCUUUUGACAUCUAAUUUGAUGCCCACGAAAGAAAAAAAUGUGCAAUUGCUUUUACAAUUGAUAUUUAUUAAUCAUAUAAAAUUUAUAUGCACUUUGAACAUGACUCAGUAGAUUACAUACUUGUACUAUGUUUUUAGAUCACAGUUGAUAUAUUAUUUAGUUAGUAUCCUAGUUCUGCACUUUGAAUUAGUCAUUACCUUCUUUCAUGAAUGACUUUAAAGUAAACAGUUGCAAAGUAAA